AUGUGCAAAGCCAUCCGCUUUCGCUUUCUCAAAUGCCUCGAAUUGCCUGAACAUGCCCGCUUUUGCUGGAAAGGCGAUGGGCUUAUAGACGACAUCGUCUAUGAACUCUGUGAUUAUGCCAAGGGCAAUAUACCAGAUAAGCAGCCUCAUGUCGUCGGCUACCCCCCCAAUGACAAGUAUUACGACAUUCUCGGGAUCCCCCGUUGCUCUAUAGUAUGUGAAGUGCGUGAAGUUGAUCACCUCUGUGCACAAUGCCAGAGAGGACUCUACCACGAACGCCGCGCUGGGAGACCUGACCCGUGGGCAGAAGCUUACAACCUAAUUCCUGACCUACAGCACGACUUUACCUGGCACGUCGCUUAUGUGCCAUGGCAGAAUCCCUUCUUUCGUGAGGUCAAUUGGAAUCCGGUCGAGAGACCCGUGCCUCUCGACGAACCCCUUUUCAGUCCCAGGGAUGGAACAGACUAUGUUCAUCCAGAUGUUGGGAUACUCAACCCAAACGACACUCCCAGUAGAUGGCGAUCGGCCGACGGUCGGGUGGCCAUCCUGCUCGAUAUGUCCGAAGAUAAGGAGUAUAGAAUGACAGAGUGGCCGGUGAAACUAAGUCAGAAAACGGAUGAACUUAGAGCCUGGGAGCGGGAACAACAACGCCAGAACCAGCUGAAGACACAGCAGCAGCAGCCACAACGACCACAACAGCCACAGCAACAGAGCCGGCAGUGGCAUCCUAGAGACGCUGCUAAUACCUCCUCCAGUGGCUCUUCAUCUAGUCAACAAUCAGGUCGGGCUGCUCCAGCCUUUAACAAUCAAACUCGACCAAAUAUACAAAUACACGCUCACCCACGUGCAGAGCUUGAUCCAAUAUUUGAUUCAUUAUGUCAACUAUUGCUACAACCAGUUCCAGCCGUUUCUUCUCACGGUCCGUCCCAGACGACGGCAGGUAUUGCACCCCCUGCGCCGACAACGACGAUUCAACCCCAUCCACCUAGAUUCACAGGUGGUAACGGGUUUGCUUUCACACCCACCCGACUGCCUAGUGUUCCAGGCUGGGAACCGGAGUCACCCAGCAAACGGAGCCGUGAACCAAGCGAGGACACUGACGCCACCAGAUCAUCCAAGCGUCAAAAACUCAGCAAUACGGACCAGCAAUCAAACAUCUCCGGCGAUGCACACCGUCAGCCUCAGUCGUCGACUUCCCAGCCUUCCGGGGGCGCUGGUCAUCGGCCAAAGGUCAUUUUAAGACUACAAAACCCUAAUGCUGGGACGAGAAAGCCGUCACCACCCAAAGUAGCCAAGAUAAGACUGAUUGUGACAAACUGGCCACGGAUAAGUCAGAUCUCUGACGCCGCGAGACACAACAACACGGGUAUCUUCAGACCAGGCUUGCCACGCUUGAGUAUCUUCAUCCCUCCCGCUCCGACGGGGAAUAUUCAAUUGCUUCCCCAGGGACUUCCAGCCAGUGGAUAUGUACCGGGCACCGACGUUCGAGUGGGCCCCGGGGAUGGUGUCGGCACCAGAUCAUCUCCAGACGUACCAUCCGUCUCCUCGAUUACUACCACUGAUGAAAGCAGCAGCAGAAGCAGCAGCAGCCGCCGCACUGUGGGCGCCAGAUCUACGUCCUCCGGCAUCCCUUCGAUCGGAACCGGCUUUGAAGCCGACGACGAAGCCUCACACGUGUCUUCGUCUUCUUCUUGUUCGAGGUCCAUGAGUAUCAGUAGCGGGGCAAGUCCGUCUCUUGUGAGCAGCAUCGACGACACGCCUUGUCCGGAACCAAAGCCGGCAAGAUCAAAACCCGUCAAGAUCACUCUCAAGCUCACCUUGAAGCCGAAUGGAGUGACCAAGGAGGACAGUGGAGGCCCGAUGCGACCUCGCCCCACUCCUCGAGUCCGCCGGACACAGAGUCCGUACACGGGACCGACGACAAGAGCCAGAGCUCGAGCACAGCAGGCCCAGCAAGGUCCGAUGACUAGAGCCAGGGCUCGAGCCCUGGAAAAGAGAGUCGGGGUCAAUUACAGAGUGUGACCGCGAGUAUGUACGAGAAAUGUCACACCUACGUACAAUUAGAUCACUUUUGGACGAACCAAUGAACUGACGUGGAAAAGAAAUGAACGAGCGUUGAUCAAAUUAUAUAGGGCACGGUUCAUAUGACAUAUACCUCUCUUUGAACGGGAGUACGAUGUACAUAAGCUAGUCUGUAGAUCCAGGUCAGUUGUUGAUCAAGAACAAGCCGG